AUGGUGCUGCUUCCCUUCCACGUUCGCGCAAUCACUAAUUCUGCCACCAGACUUUUACACCGCGAAGGCGGUCCUAUCUUCUUGGCCUACGCAACAACGAACUACAUGCUGAUAAAACACUAUCUGCCUCGUGAAGUUCGGGACAUGAUUUGGGCCCAGGUCUGGGACGAACAUACCGUUGAGGAAAGCCUCGUUUACAUGCGCAAUACCAUCAACAGCACCUGCCGUCUGUGCCUCAACACUAAUAACCUAAACUGUCCAUAUCAUCUAUGUCUCCCAUUCUUUGUGCGCCCGGAGCUGGUUGGAUCAGAGAUGGCGACAGAACUAGUGGAGUCAUGGUACAACAUUGCAGCGACCAAGCACCACAAGCUACUCUACGCGUGGACCGCCAAGGGUGUACAGGAGAUCAUUUGCAAGGACGCUUUCAACAUUGGACGCGAACCAGCCCAGUUCAUAAGAAAGCUGGAAAUCAGCAUGAAUGUGGACGAUUUCGUUCCACCGGAACCGGGAAAAGAGGGUUGGGGCGAUAUCAGGAGUGUAGAACAUCGCCGGGAACUCAUCACCGAGCCUCUUUUGAAGAUCCAAAACAAAUCGGGAUUCCGGUUCAAGAUUGAAGUCUGCCACAGUCACAUCAGGCUCAACCUCUGGAAAGAGGUUUUCGACACGUUUCGAGAACCGGUGAGAGUGAUGAAGGACGAAGGGGCGAUCGUGAAAGCCACCUUUAUCUACAAGGGAGGUUAUAAUAGGAGUGACGAUGUGGCAACGUACGACAUCUUGGAUGCUAUGACACAGCCCGAGGAGGAAUGGAAAGCGAACGCAGUAGCGUUCUUUGAUGCGCGACGCAGAAUUCCAGACGAGCACCGUCUGUACCGGGAUGAGGAUCGCCCAAAUUUCAAUCCAGAGAGCCAGGCGUAUCUCACUCAAAAAGAACUCGAAGACCGCCAUGAAUCCUACAUGGAUUCGCUCAAUUACUCUGGCACAGAUGACGGCCCUCCGCCCCAUGAUUAUCUGCGCGAGUACAUGGAAACAGGGACUUUGAAGCAUGAGGAAGGAGUCUGUCAGUGCCCCGAUUGUAAUACGGCCCUCGGAGAUCACCUGCGGCGGGCAAGAUACCAUUACUCGAGUGACGACGAUGACGAGCACGGUGGCCACAUUGGCUACAUUGGCAACACCUACUACCAUUAUGAUGAUGAUGACGAGGAAGACGAAGAGGAUGAUGAGGAAAGUGAUGAGGGUGAUGAUAAUGGAAGCGACGGGAAUGCUGGAAGCGACGGUGAAGAGAUGGAUGAUGUUCAAGGCGGACAGCAGUCAGACGCUUCUCAUCAAACGUAA